GGGAGGGGGCGGGACGGGCAGGGGCGGGAGCCGAGGCGCCAUUUUUAAACUGCCCAAACGGCUGACGGCUGCCGAGAGCAGGUAAUUAUACUUUCUGAGAUGCCACAGGCGAAAAGAUAGAUGGAAGUCCUUUGAAGGUGCUGAUUUUAGACUAAAUUCAUUACUACCUGGCUGUUACCAGCAAGAAUGGAUACUUUCACCAGCCUCCUCCCUCCAACAAGUGGAAGUGGUAAUCUUGCUGGUUCACAAGAAGAACUACAGAAGCUUUUAAUUGAUGAAAGAAUGCGGUGUGAACAUCAUAAAACAAAUUAUAAAACUCUGAAAGCAGAACAUACACGGUUACAGGAUGAGUAUACAAAAUCACAGAAUGAGCUCAAGCGGUCGUUGGUUGAAAAACAAACCAUCAAUGACAAAUUUCAGUUUCUCCUUGCUGAACUCCGAGGAGAAUUAUUAGAUAAAACAAGAGAACUAGAAGAACUGAGAAUGCAGGUACUAACUCCUCAAAAGCUGGAGUUGUUAAAAGCACAAAUACAACAAGAAUUGGAAACUCCAAUGAGAGAUCGAUUUCAGAAGCUAGAUGAAGAAGUAGAAAAAUACCGAACAGAAUAUAACAAACUGCGUUAUGAACAUACCUUUCUAAAAUCAGAAUUUGAACACCAGAAGGAAGAACAUGUUCGUGUUUUAGAAGAGAAAAAAAUAAAGUAUGAGGCUGAGAUAACAAGACUGGAUAAAGAUAAAGAAGAACUGCAUAAUCAGCUGCUUAGCGUUGACCCCACCAGAGACAGUAAGCGUGUGGAGGCACUUCUGAGGGAAAAGGCUCAACUACAUCAAAAAGUAAAAAGUUUGGAAGCUGAAGUAGCAGAAUUACAGGCAGAGAGAGAAAAUUGUGGUGUGCAAGCAGAAAGUGUUCAAAGAAUACAGGUGCGACAAUUGGCUGAAAUGCAGGCAACAGUGAGAUCUCUGGAGGCAGAAAAGCAGUCAGCUAAACUACAGACUGAUCGUAUUGAAAAAGAACUACAAAUGAGUAAUGAGCAGAACACACUCUUAACCAGCAAACUGCACAAAGCUGAGCGAGAAAUCAAUGCCUUGACCACUAAAGUAGAAGAACUUAAGCAUUCACUCAAAUUAGAAGUAGCUAAUAUCAAACUGGAGGCAGCAAAAGCAAAAAGUGAGGUAGAAAGAGAGAAAAACAGGAUUCAAAGUGAAGUGGAUGGACUGCAUUCAGACAAUGAGAUUCUGAAGACAACAGUUGAACGCCACAAAGUGCUUUUAGUAGAAAAGGAUCGUGAGCUAAUUCGUAAAGUGCAAGCUGCCAGAGAAGAAGGCUUUCAAAAACUUUCAGUACUGCAAGAUGAAAAGUUAGAAAUUGAGAACAUAUUAGCUGAGCUAGAGAAGAAUAAAGUGGAACAAGAUGCUCGGUGGCAGUCUGAAAAGGGUCAGUAUGAAGAGAAGCUACGUGUUGUCCAGUUGGCUGAAGAGUCCAGCAGAAGAGAACUUCAGAAUGUUAGGUUAAAACUUCAACAGCAAAUUAUUCAGACAGAAGGGUUAGAAAAAGAGAAAAGCGAAAAUGCUGAUCUUAAACAGCAAAUUCAUGAUUUACAGCUCCAGGUGGCCUCACUUUCUCAAUCAGAAAAUGACUUGCUGGAUUCCAAUGAAAAACUUAAAGAAGUGUUGGAGAGACUAAAACAAGACUAUCGAAAUGCAAGAAGUCAAGCAGAAAAGGCUCAGCAAGAAGCAGAGAAGAGUUUAGAAGACAAACGCAUAGAAUGGUUGGAGGAGAAGCAUACAUUAAUUCAGCGCAUCACAGAAAGAGAAGAGAAGUAUAACCAAGUGAAAGAGAAACUUCAUCGGGCUGCUGUUGCUCAAAAGAAGAGAAAGGCUCUCACUGACAAUAAACAAAAGAGACUGCAGGAGAAAAUAGAACUCUUGGAAGCCAAGAGAGAAGAACUAGAAACAGAAAACCAGGUGUUAAAUCGACAGAACGUUCCCUAUGAAGAAUACACACGUCUUCAGAAAAGGCUAAAGGAUUUGCAGCGCAGACACAAUGAAUUCCGGAGUUUAAUUCUGGUUCCUAACAUACCGUCACUCAAUCCAGUCAGUAUAACGUCAUCUACCUUGAUCCCUGUGCCUGAAGUCUCUUUUCCACAUCUGCAGGAGGAGCAGCAUCAAAGGGAGCUUUCCUUGCUUCGCAAGCGACUGGAGGAGCUAGAAACCACACAGAGAAAACAACUCCAAGAGCUUGGGCCAUCUGGAGAGCGAGGUAGGCUGGGACUGCACAGUGACACUGGCAGAAACAGGACAGUUGAAGAGGACAACACACAAAAUGAGGACUCCAAAUAAAGUGUACAAGAUUUAAUUGCUGCUUCCUUGUAAGUGCUUUUUAGUACUUUGCCACAAACAUAUGGAUGUGCAUCAGACUAGAAGAAAUAUAUUCUGCAUAGUUUUCUAUGUAUUUUUGAUAGAACAUAAUGGUUUGUCAAGCACUAACUUGAGAGAGAAAAACUAAGAAAAAAUUGUCUUCCAAAUUAAUUAUUUAUAUAUACCAAAAUAAAGCAUAUAGAAAGAUCAUGUUGUAAAAGCCUUUUAAAGAAUAUUUAUCAAGGUUUUUUGGAUCGUGUUAAUGUGCUGUUUUAAGAAAACCAAAAAAAUACAACACAAGUUAUUCCCAGUAAUUUUUCCAGACAACUCUUGGAAACAAGUGAAGAGGGAGGCUGGAGUUGUUAUGUGUGGCUGCUAGCACAUGCAGAAGGGCAGAUAAGGAAAGCAGGCCAAAAAGUGGAUUUGCUAUUCAUGACAAUCCAAGUCUCUUUCAUGACUCAAUUAUGAGAGAAGCAAUAAUCAAGUUUUUAACAAAUGCUGCAUUGUAGACAUAUGCAUAUUUGCCUUUUUCAGGAAUCCUAAGUUUGUAUUUGUAGCUAAUGGGUUGUGUGUCUGUUUUACUUAUCAUUAACGUAUUUAUCUAUUCAAGGGUUAAUAUAUUUUCUUAACUCUCCA